ACUGGGGCAUGGGAUAUGGUGAGGGGAAACUGAUAAAAGAGGAGCUUGGAAUCAGGAGAGAAGCAUCUCAGGACAUAAAAUAACUGUUGUGAGUUCUGGACCAAGAGAUGAUUACCUGGAGAGAGAAAGCUGAAGGGGCGAAGACUUCUAGUGUCUGGUCCCUUCUGAAUCUGAGACGAUGCCAGCCUUACUGGAACGGCCCAAGAUGUCGAGCGCGAUGGCGCGGGCACUCCACCAGCACAUCAUGAAGGAGAGGGCGCGGAAACGGCAAGAGGAGGAGGAGGUGGACAAGAUGAUGGAACAGAAGAUGAGGGAGGAGCAAGAGCGGAAGAGGAAGAAAGAGAUGGAGGAGAGGAUGUCGCUGGAAGAGACAAAAGAACAAAUCUCCAAGAUGGAACUGAAGCUGCAGAGUCUGCAGGCGGAGAAGCACCAGCUCUUCCUGCAGCUGAAGAAGGUCCUGCACGAGGAGGAAAAGCGACGGGCCAAGAUGAAGGAACAGAGCCUGCAGAUAGGAUCCUCCUCCUUUUUGGAUAUCACCAUACAUUCUGUUAGACAAGGUGACUUGAGCACCCUGACACAGGCAGCAUACCCACAGGCUCUGGCGAUCCAUUCUGGCCCACAUCUGAUCAAUGUACAAGAAGGCCACGGGAGACCGGUUGGACUGCUGGGAGAUCGUCCAAAGUCACAGAUGUUCACCUCCGGGGCCAUUGCGCAGAAUCGUGCAUUCACGGCACAGGCUGGGUUCACAACAGCACAGAGUGACCAUGCUCAGUAUCAGACUGGCCAAGCAGGACAUAGCAGUUACCCUGUUAACCAGACACAGCAUGGACCGCCUUAUGGACCAGGACAGGCUGUGACUUAUACCAGCAGCCAACAGCUUCGAGGGCCCUCUGCUUUCCAAGCCAUGUCAGCCUAUCUCCCACAUCAGCAGGCUGCCUACGCAGUCCAUGGGCACUUCACCCCUCAGCAAGGCUUCAUCUCUCCGAGUACAUCUAUUCCACUACAAAAGCAAUUGGAGCACGCAAACCAGCAGUCCGGAUUCACGGAUUCGUCUGGAUUAGCCUACGUGCACACACAGAGACCCGCUUCGCCCGGAGGAUUCCCACAUGGGACCCCACCCCAGCAAGCCCUCCCGACUGGAUUCCAAGCGACCGGUCAGGGAGCUCCCAGGCAUGCCUACAUUCAACAUAGCCAGGGUCAGCGCUACUAUCACCAGUAAUCAUCUCUGCACCCUCCCUCCACCCUCAGUCCUGCUGUUUGCAGAGCAAUCCAUUGUCAUCCGGAGUAGAGUGUCUCUACAAUCUGAAAGUUAGCCACACCUGCCUUCACAGACAAAGAUCAAUACCCCUAAAUCGCACCAGCUUAGACUGCGGGAUUGUGGCAGCAAGCAGUGCCAGGCAGCUGGCUAAAUACUUGUCGGAAGGUGGUGAGAGUGUGGAACGAGCUGCCAGUGGAAGUGGUGGAUGUAGGUUUAAUUUCAACAUUUAAGAGAAAUUUAGAUAGGUACAUGGAUGGGAGAGGUAUGGUCUGGGUUCAGGUCAGUGGGACGAGGCAGAAUAAUAGUUCAGCAUGGACUAGAUGGGCUGAAGGGCCUGUUUCUGUGCUAUAGAGUUCUAUGACUCAAAAUAGCAAAGCCAAGCGGACUGCUACCCAGCAGGUAAGUCAAGGCACGUAGGUCUCUCUCCGCUGGAAUGGCCGUGGCUUUUGACACCCUGUGCAAUAUAAAUAAAUACUGAGUGUUGCUUCAUACUUUACCUGCCCUGGGUGACUGGGAGGCAGUAACGUAAUCACCUACAGUUCAGUUGGACCACUGCACUAUUUGGAGUUUACCUAAAAUUCCGUUGACCCUUUCAACAUGGUCUCGUUAUCUCUCUCUCUCACAAAGUUCCAGACAGAAAGAACUUUUCAAUAGGGACUUGGCAAUUGUUUAAAUUUAGAGAUACAACAGGGUAACAGGUCCAACAAGCCUGUGCUGCCACAAUGACACCAAUUAAUCUACCCAUACGCCAGUGGAACGUGGGAGGAAACCGGAGCACCCAGAGGAAACCCCAUGUAGUGGCAGGGAGAAGGUACAAACUCCUUACAGUGUUGGGAUUGUUCCCACCCACUCAAUUCAGCCCAUUGCGAGUCUGUAGCCUCAUUCAGUGGCCAUUGCCUGUGUUUCUCUCUGGAACCCUGCUCUUUCAUUUUUCCCUUUAACUGUACCAGAUGGCGCAGCGGGAAGAGAAGAGCUGCCGCCUCACAGUCCCAGGAAGCCAGGUUUGAUCCUGACCUCCAGCUGUUUGUGCGUGGAAAGAGUUUGCCAUUCUCCCUAUGACUGUCUGGGUUUCCCCCCAGGUGUUCCAAUUUCAUCCUGCGUCCCGACAGCGCACGGGGUGGGUGGGUUAAUUGGUUGCCAUAAACAGCCCCUUUCUGUGUGGGUGAGGAGGGUUGAAUCUGGGAGAGGGAAUUAGUCAGAACGGUGGCUCAGUAAAAGCUCAUCAGAGUAAGGAGAGAUUUAUCUUAUUUAGAGAUACGGUGUGAAACUGGCCCUUCCAGCCCACUGAGCCACACCAGCCAGUACCCCACUGAUUUUAAGCUGUGCUUUGAUCACGGGACAAUCUACAAUGACCAAUUAAUCUUAACAACUGGUACAUCUUUUGGACUGUGGGGGGAAACCAGAUACCUGGAGGAGACCCACAUGCACAAGGGAAGAAGGUACAGGUUUUCUUACAGAGGGCGUUGGAAUUGAACUCUAAACUUCGACGCCCGAGCUGUAACAGUGUUGGGCUAACCACUACACCACUGUGGUGCCCUGCCUGGCAAAGGCUGAGAGGCAGAUGGAAUUCGGGAACUGUGGUCACAGGCCCAUGGAAAGCAGAGUGCUGACAGAUCUGUAGGACAAAAAGGAUUCAAUCAACAGAGCCUCUGGGGAAUCCUCUGGCAAGUGAGACAACUGAAAGCUUCCUGUUUACGCUUGACUUUGAGUCAGAACAGAAACAAUUUCAAGACAUUAAGAGUUUGUGGAUUCAAGUACAUUAUCCAAAGUACAAAGUAAAUGUUUUUACCAAAGCACAUGUCACGAUGGACAACCCUGAGAUUCAUUUUCUUGCAGGUAUACUCAGCAAAUUUAUCUGGAAUCUAUGGGAAUAUGUUAUUGAGAUAGUCAGCUGCGAUGGUCAUAGAGUACUACCUAGAAACAGACCCUUCAAUCCAUCCAUUCCAUGCUGACCACCUAGCCAGUUCUCAAUUGCUCCACAUCUUUCUAAAGAUCUUGUAAAUCUUGUUCAUGCAUCUGCCUCAGCCUCUUCCUCUGGCAGUGUGUUCCAUUUACUGGACAACCCUCUGUCUAAAGAAGUUGCCCUUUGGAUCCCCCUCAAAUAUUUCCCAUCUCACCUUAAGUCUGCGCCCCACUUUCUGAUUUCCAUUCCCCUUCCAUACCAAAAGGAAUUAGGAAUGUGGGGAGAAGUGCUGAGAGUGAAAAAUGAGCAGAGGGAAAUGGAAUCAAACUGUAGGUUGGCUCAAACCUGCUACUCUGUUGGAAGGGAAGUUGGAAAUGUCCUUCUGGUAUUCUCCACAUCCACUCCAUCGAGGCCUUUCAACAUUUGAUAGGUUUCAAUGAGAUCACCUCCCAUGCUUCAAAAUUCCAGUGAGUAGAGGCCCAGGGCCAUCAAAUGACAGGCCUUUCAAUGGGGAAUUAUUUCAGUGAGCCUCUGUUGAACUCUGUCCUAUGAUGUCAGCACAUCCUUUCUUAGAUAAGGGGUCCAAAACCAUUCACAAUACACUGAUCACCUCCCAGCUUCUAACUUCAUCCCCCUCCACACCCACCUUUUACCUGCCAUCUUGUAUCAUCCCCUACCUCCCACCACCUGGAUUCUACCCCCUUUACAGUCCUGAUGAAGGGCCCCAGCCCCCAGAAUUGUAUACUUCCCUCCACACCCACCUUUUACCUGCCAUCUUGUAUCAUCCCCUACCUCCCACCACCUGGAUUCUACCCCCUUUACAGUCCUGAUGAAGGGCCCCAGCCCCCAGAAUUGUAUACUUCCCUCCACAGAAGCUGCCUGAACUGCUAAGGUACUCAAGCAUUUUGUGUAGGCGAGGGGAUGUAUGGUAGAAGUUCCAAUAGCGCUUGUCUCAGAGAUCAGCUGGGCCCUGGGGUUUGUCUUGUCCAGUGAAAGUAUCUCCUCUGGCAGUGCAGCAGAGUGGCUCCUCGCAGGACGUGUUGACACUUCCAAGGGAGAGUGGCAUAUCUACACAGGUACAUUGGAUGGUUUUUUUGGGACAGAACUGCAGUGGUCUGACCUAGUGGGAGGACUUUUCUUCAUGUAAUAAAUGUUUGUGUUGUAUCUCUGUGUGCAAAUGAGCAAGAUAUUUGUACCAUAAAUACUAUUUCAUCCAAACUACUGUACUUUCUUCAUAGUGCCUAUUAAAAGGUGUUGACAGUGUUUGAUUGACUAGUUUUGUUUGCUUGGGGAUGCUGAAAGAAAACAAUUGGGCACUGGUCUAGGAAUGGAUCUUUCCCCAUCAAAAGUUGCGAGUGUGAUGGGACAGAUGGAGGUUUGCUCAGUACCAAUUCACCAAAAUAGUGGUAAGAAUCUUGUAAUUCAUCUGGGUAGCCUCCAACUGAUGUCAUGAACAUUGAUUUCUUUAACCUGGUAAUUGACACCCUUACCUCCCUCUGGAGCUC